UCUUCCUCAUUCACUCGAAAAAAAAACCCUAGAAAGAGAGAGACUCGAAAACCUCCCCCGGCGGCGAAAAUGAAGUACAACCCAAGAGUGACCUCUUCCCGCAGGAAGAACAGGAAGGCUCAUUUCACAGCCUCAUCAAGCGAGAGGCGUGUUAUAAUGAGCUCGCCUCUGUCAACCGAGCUCCGUCAGAAGUACAACGUCAGAUCCAUGCCGAUCCGCAAAGACGACGAGGUUCAGAUCGUUCGUGGUACCUACAAGGGACGUGAGGGCAAAGUUGUCCAGGUGUACCGUCGCAAAUGGGUGAUUCACAUCGAGAGGAUUACAAGGGAGAAGGUGAAUGGAACCACCGUGAACGUAGGGAUUCAGCCGUCGAAGGUGGUGAUUUCGAAGCUUCGUCUUGAUAAGGAUAGGAAAUCGCUUUUGGAGAGGAAGGCUAAGGGACGUGCCGCUGCUGAUAAGGAGAAGGGUACCAAGUUUACAUCUGAGGAUGUUAUGCAGAACGUUGAUUAAGUAAGACAAAAAAAAAGAUUUGAACUUUUUUUUUUUCGAGAGAAAAAGGUUUCGUCUUUUAGUUUAUUAUUAUCAGUCGCUUCUUUAUGUUAAGUUUUGUUUCUGGAAUGUUAUCACUGUUUCUUUAUGGUGUUGGACAUGAGAAGACAUGUUUUGAUUUUGAAUAUUUGAAGUUUGAUUAUGGAGUUUUCUCUCUUUUGCUCA